UCCACAAGUCCGAAAACGCGAGCGACAGCCCGGCUUUCCCUGGAAUAAGGUCCGUUCCUACGGAGCCCCUGGCCGGCGCGUCCCAGUGCGGCUGCCCGCUCCUCCGGGGGAGGGACUUGAAGGCGCGGCUUGCGGGGACGCCGAUCGACCCGGUCCAUUGCGGUCGGACCGCCGCGCAGACCGGGCGCCGGGAACUGGGCUGAAGACACGCAGAGACUGCGGGCAGCUCCAGCCUCCACGACGGGCGCUGCGGAGAUGUGCGCUCGGUAACAUGGUCCUGAAAGCUGGGAUCGCCGCUUCGAGAUGGGACCCAGCGUGUCCAUGGGCACAUGAGUGUAGGACAGCCAGACCUGCUGCCUGUGAUGGACCAAGCUGAAAUCAAUGAGAGCCUCCCCGUGGACCAGGCCCCCCACGGCCUCCACAGCUACACCCUGGUGGAGCGAGUGGCCCUCAUUGCCUUCCUGUCCCUCGUCAUGCUCAUGAGCGUCCUGGGCAAUCUUCUGGUCAUGGUGGCCGUUUGCAAGGAUCGGCAGCUCAGAAAAAUCAAAACCAACUACUUCAUCGUCUCGCUGGCGUUUGCGGACCUGCUGGUUUCGGUGCUGGUGAUGCCGUUCGGCGCCAUUGAGCUCAUCCACCAGAACUGGAUCUACGGAGACACCUUCUGCUUGGUCCGCACCUCGCUGGACGUUCUCCUGACCACAGCUUCCAUCCUGCACCUCUGCUGUAUCUCCUUGGAUAGAUACUAUGCCAUAUGCUGCCAGCCCCUGGUGUACAGGAACAAAAUGACCCCCUUGAGAGUUGCACUCAUGUUGGGAGGAUGCUGGGUCAUUCCAAGCUUCAUCUCCUUCCUACCCAUCAUGCAGGGCUGGAACAGUAUUGGAAUAAACGAUUUGAUAGAGCAGCGGAAGUCCAGCGGCGACAGCAACACGACCGCGUGCGUCUUCAUGGUCAACAAGCCCUACGCGCUCACCUGCUCCGUGGUGGCCUUCUACAUCCCAUUGGGCCUCAUGGUGCUGGCCUACCAGCGCAUCUACGUGACGGCGCGGGAGCACGCGCGGCAGAUCAACAUGCUGCAGCGGGCGGGGGGCGCUGGCAUGGCGGCGGGGGCUUCCUCAUCCUCAGACAGCGCCGACGCCCGGCGGGACCACCGCAUGCGCACGGAGACCAAGGCGGCCAAGACGCUGUGUAUCAUCAUGGGCUGCUUCUGCCUCUGCUGGGCGCCCUUCUUCAUCACCAACGUGGUGGAUCCCUUCAUCCACUACACCGUGCCGGACAAGCUGUGGACCGCCUGCCUGUGGUUGGGCUACAUCAACUCCAUGCUCAACCCCAUCCUCUACGCCUUCCUCAACAAAUCCUUCCGCCGUGCCUUCCUCAUCAUCCUCUGCUGUGGCCACAGACGCUACCGCCGACCCUCCAUCAUGGGGCCCGGGGCCCCCUGCGCCACCACCCAGAUCAACGGCUCCACGCAUGUGCUCAAUGGCUGCUCCUCUGUCUCCAAACUCCUACUCUGGUUCUGCAACACCGGGCCGGUUCCAGUCUAGUGUUGCUUUGGGGCUCGCAAGUACUCUGUCCUGCACAAUGGGAACCACCCAGAACAUGAGGGCCUUUCGGUGCAGAAUGACACAGAGUCUCAGGAGUCCUGCUUCUGACCCUGGAGAAGUGGACCGGGUCAGGACCAUCACUCAUCCCCAAAGAAAUGUCUCCCAGGACGAGCCGGCCCAGAACAGUGCUGAGGAGAUCUGAGCUGGAGGGUGCGUCAUGUUGCCAAAGCUAUUCGCCCCCAUAAGCCGCCUUUCAGGUGACUCAGGCAGCUUGUGAGGCACAAAGAUUUGCUUUAUGAAGGAAGCUGGACAGAGAGGCCAGCUGGGCAGACCUGGGGACGGGUCCCUUCUUCUGCCCAUAGUCAGACAGCCACCGCUACCUAGUACCAUGUUAAAGACACGUGACAUGAAUGAGCCAAACUGAUCAAAGGCAGAAUGGCUGCCACGUCUGGCCCCGGGAGACAUUGCUACGCCCUUCACGUCUGGGAUGACACUCAAAAGCCAGACUCAUUGCUUUGCCUAUUUCAAUUCCUGCUGUCUCAGACAGACUAAUGUGUGACGCCUCGCAUCUCAGAUGACUCAACCUCAGAUAUGUGAAGAAGGAGUGUAUCGAUCUAAUCGGGGGGGAUCACACUGUAGCUCGGUAGGUGGGAGGUCACAUGUGAUAACAGCCCUUGGAGAAAAGUACUGGUGCAUUUCGUAUUACAAAGAAGCUUGGUGUCAGAACAAUUAUGUGACUUUUUUUGUUUCUUUUUCUUGGUUUUGUUCCUUUUUUUCUAUGUGCCAUGGUCCCUUUCAGCAGACAGGAUGUAUGUCCAGGAGGUUUCAGGGAAAUAAUGCCAUACUCGCCCGCAUUCCUGUAUUACAGUAUUUUAAUAUCCGUGAAAUGAAUCUCAUCCAGAAGAAAAUGAUGUAUCUGUGUGUGUGGCUUGUUUUAAGGAGGCUCUGCUGAUUCUCCUCCUUCUGCAGACCUUCUCAGCGCAGUGAUAGAGCUCUUCCCAUCAUGCAUUUGUGUGCUACCCAUCCACGGGAACUUCCUCCCAUUUUCCCCUGCAGCAGCUUUAUGCUCACUGCUUUUCCUUCAGUCGGAACUCCCCGGCUAGAUGCCUCACAGGUCUCUGCGGUAGCUGUUAUCCCUCCACGUGUCACGUGACCCACAGGGGAAACCCAUGUGACUGUCACUUCAGAUAGCGCCCACUGUGGGUCCCGGGUAUUAUCACCUAGAGCCAGCUGCUAUUACAGCAGAGUAUGACGGCUUACAGGUCGGACUCUCUCUGCAAAUGCCACCAUUUUUAUCUCAUAUAAGCCCAGAGAAAAUCAAUAUUAUAGAAGAGCUGUUCACUGAACUCAUAACUCAACCCAACUCAUCUUCUUCCAAGAUUCAGCUCCUUAGUUAUGAAAUACUUCAUUUGAUCCCUUUAAACACAAGUGUAGAUUUAGAAGGACGGAUCGAGAUUGGCUAUAGAGCCAUGGAAACUGGGGGAGGGCUGGGGGGGGGAAGGUGAUGUGCCCGAUAUUGUAGGUCUCCUUCCGAAAAAGCAGCUGGCAGCAAAGGAAGGUAAAUCUCACACGAAGUGAUGCUGAAAUCCGACAGUGGCCCUGUGGGACGGCCCAGUUUGGGUUUGGAGGACGGUUAGAAAGCCAAGUGAAAGGACUGAUUUUGUUUAUAAUCAAUGCAGCAGAAAUAUCGUGUCAGUAAGGAGUCCAUGCGGCAUCCAGACAAUGACAAACAAAUUAACAAAAGCACUGUCUGGAAAUGGCCCAAUGUGUGUUACUGUCUGUCAAAUCCGAGUCUGACAUAUCAGCCCCCCCCACCCCCCCGCCUUCCCACAGCACCGUAUGGAGGAUGAUCAGUGGCUGUGUGCCACCUCUCUGGGGAGACCGUCCCACCUGCAAACACGCCAGCAGAGCUGCAGACGCCCCGCUGGGCGCCCCCUGUAGGCAGACCUGGCUCACUGCGUGCACGAGAGCAGCACGGGGCUGUCAUUCCUUUGGCAGUCUCUGCUUGAACUUCCCCUGAAACGCGGGGAGCUAACUGUCAGCUUACCAUAAAUAGUUACCAAAUUUCAACUCUGAGACAAUUUCACAGUUUCUCUCAGCAGUGAUUAGACUUAAUUACACGUGGUUUCAUUCUUUUUUAGCAUAAUCGAUGGCCCCCAUUAUAUUCCUCCUAAACACAUCUGUGUGGGGAAAUUGGCGUCAAUAUUAUAAUUAGUUAAUCAUUGUGGGUCAAAUCAAUCUUCAAGUCAGGAACAAUCAUGGAAUACGGGCAGAUGAUGUCUGCUUGCUGGGAUCUGCUCUAAGGGCCAGCGGUCUUCACCAUUAAUCUUCUCAUUCCUUUAUCGUGUCAUGUGGCUGCUUUCAUGUCCUCAUCCGCUGCCAACAUUUCCACUUAAAAUGAUAAACUCCAGCUGGUUAAUUACAAUUCACUGCCUAAUAAUAAGUCCACUUAUAUUUGCAGGUUAUGCGAAUAACUGACUUAUUAAGUUAAAGCAAAAUUAAUAGUUUCCAUUUCUGAGACAGAUCUGGAAAUAAGAGAUUGCUGACAGUCCCAAAAUAGCUGCAUUUUUAGACAAAGGGUCUAAUUUCGUAAUUAAAAUGACUUUUGAGAAGUAAGUGCUUUUUGUGUGUUGUGUGAUUCUCGAUUGCAGUUCCUGGUUUGAUACCUAAACAUUAGCCCUCAUCUUGUGUUGUGGAGCCAUCCCAUCAUCCUGUGCUCUGUUUUUCUAUUUUUAUCUGUUGGUCUGUGUUGAUCUUUCAUUUAAACCAUAAUCCCACAAUUCAGAUAAGCCUUUUCUAGCGGUUCUUCACUUAUUGCACUUGCCAGAGGAUUCCGCACUUCUCUGUGAUACUGAGACGUCACUAAAUUGUUUUCCUACGUUUGAUUUGUGAUUUGGCCGAUGAGACGGCACUGCACCUCACCCCCAUACGGUACUCAAGCUGAAGCGGUCAGAUUGGUCUGGUCACAUGAUCGCUCCUGUCUGUAGACCUCUGUAAGGAGUGUGGACUUUCCUUCUUCUGUUAUCCACAGCCCGAUGGGGCCAAAGAAGCCAGCAGAAAGGCUUGUGUUUCCCUGGCAACACAGUCCCACACUCUUGUCUGCGAACACCAUAGAAAUGCAAAGGUUUCCAGAUAUUCCGACUACUUGUUUCCUUACUGACUUCUGUCCCUUUGAUCUGAAAGCCUUCAAUAUGCCAUUUAAUUGUUUUAAUGCUGUAUAAAAUCAAAGUACUCUAUAUAAGAAUUGUUGGUAUUUUCUCUGUACAUACUGAAAUAUUUUUAUUCCAAGCUGUAAUAUGAGUCCUGUGUUUUAUCAGUAGAUCUUAACCAGCAACUAUGUUCAUUUAACGUCCUUCUGGAUUAUGAUUAGAAAUAUCGACAAUAUGCGAUGCAAUAUACUCCAGCGAGCUGAAUCCGUGGCUGCACAGCGCUAGCUUAUUUUCCAUGUUUACUGACUUUUUGCAGUAAUUGUUCUCUGAAAAAAAGCCCAAAACAGAACUUAAAAGCCACAUUGUUGCACACUCCUUCCAAUCAGUAUUUUUGUGCUGUGCCAAGUUAAAUGAAUCUGAUAAAAACUGUUGUUUCUUGUGCUCUGUGGAUUUCCAGAUUAUAGCAUACUGCCCCCCUGUCUCCAUUGCAUCUGUGGGGGGUGGGGGGGGUCUGAGAAUGGUUACCCAGGGUAUAUUCAGAGGUUUCUCACGGUGCUUCUUUUCCCUUGUGCUGAACGGGAUGCAGACUUUAGCUCAGGCGUCUGAGCACCCUCCCCCCCCCCCUCCAGUGCCCCAUCCAGGGGGUCUUCUGUGGUACUUUUGGGUGAAGACCCCCACAACCGGGUACCAGAUGGCAGACAGGCUUAUAAGGGAAACUGAAGACGGCUGUAGAAAUCAGAUCUUUUCAAACUAAAGCUCAAACAUUUUCCGCACAAAAAUGUAUCCAGGCCAGUGGCAUUAUACAGGUACAGUGAAAUAACACUUCAGUGGGUAACUGGUUCUUUUGUCGUUACCAACAAAAUGCAGCCAUGAGAUCGAGCAGUGAGCAGGUGGGAGGGUGUCUUCUCCAGCCUGACAUGACCCUUCAGACAUUGCUGGUCUUGGUUGGUGAGCACAGUCAUGUUUUGGCGUUCACAGCGUAGAGACCUUCUCGGGUAUGAAUGUGAACGUGGCCAGACCUGUCCAUGGUCAUCAUGCCCGCCCCCACUCCACUCACGAUCCGCACUCCACCCCCCCGCCCCCACUCUCAUGGUCCAGAAGGCAAGAUUCCACAGCGUGAACGCCUUGUAAAAAAACCCAAGAAAUUGUACAGGAACUUUUGUAAAGUGCUCAGUAUUUAUUUGUUGGAAUAAGAUGAGUAUUUCAUGUACAGCUUCUCUUUCAGGGAGCUAUAUGUAUGACUUUUUCUGUUGCUAUGUGACAGCUCUAAUAAAUGAUGAUAAUUAAAGCA